AUGACAUUCUCAGCGUUGCCAUUCUGGUCAAAGGACGAAAUCGAAGAACGAGAUGAUGGAUAUAUCCUUUUGAAGGACGAGUGGAACUCGGGAGAGGAUCAGCCUUUGCUCCUUCACUCCACUGGGGUUGUUUUAAGAUUCCUCUACCCUGGGAUGGAUUUAAAUGCCGUUCUUACCGAGGAGGGUAACAUGGGCUCAGCGGAACCACUGUCGAAAGUGAAAUCAGGCAGUGAAUCGUCACUAGUUGAAAUGGGUAACCAAAAAGCGAAAACCCACGCAAAAAUGAAGAGGAACGCUGAUCUUGAGCCAGACUAUGAGGCGUAUCAGAGCAUGGAUAGAGUAAUAGAUUUGAGCAGCCGUCUUCAAUCAGCCAUUGUCGAUAUUCAGCGAUGUAGGCACAGGUCCGAAGCCAGUAAUGAGAAAUCAAGCAGAGAGACGGAAUUCGACGACUUCGAGCAGGAACACGAUUCUUCAGUAGUUUCUCAGAAUGAGGCGAGUGAAGCUAGGGCGUUUGGGAGACAGAAAAACCGAGAUGAGAUCAAAACGAUUCAGCUGGUGCGGACUUUGAACUCAGUCAGGGCGUUGUUUCCUCAUCUCAUCCCCAUUUUGAAUCACCCGAGACGAAACGAUAAAAAGUUGAUAAUUCAUGAUGUGAAGUGGAAACAAAGGAAGAGGAAAGCCAUGUGUUGGAUCCUUGGAAAGCGUGUCUUCGAUACAACGACAGUUAAUUGGUGCAAAACGGCGCGCCGGGAUAUUACGGCAGUAUUGAAGGGAUAUAUUGAUGUGUCAUUGGCAGAGACAAUUGUGUGUGAUCCGCUAGGCUCUUUCGAAUUUUGGAAAACUCACUGGCUAAUGGAAGUAAAGAAAAGGAUAGCUCCAAAAAUCAUGAGCCCCCUCGAUGUACUAUCCGAGAACAAAAAUAGCGAUGAGAUUAUGAGGAUUGCUCGAGAGCUUGAUCAAGAACUCUUCAGCACGGAUACAAGCAAGCGAACGCUCGAAACGCAGCGAAGGUAUCGUCAGUGCAUUGACAAUCUUCGCGACCACAUUUUAAAGUUGCUGAGGAAAAGAUACGCGAAAGCAAGGCUAAGCCUCUAUGGGAGUUGUUUGUCGAAUCUCUCUCUUGGAGUAGGUUCUGACGUUGACUUAUCGUUGUGGAUCCCAAUCCAAGAUGUACCCAAGAAGGAGCGAAAGGAGAUGGCCAAACAUGUGUACAAGGUAUUCCACCUUCUAAACAAUAGAGAUGGCUUCGAGGGGAUGCAACCAAUAACCCGAGCCCGGGUGCCUGUUGUGAAGGGUACCAAACUCAAAGCUGGCAACCCGUACACUCCCGAUGGAUCAAUAGACUUUGACAUCUGUUUUCUGAAUGAUAUUGCUGUUGCCAAUAGCAAUCUCUUGCGGGAAUAUAGCCUAAUGGAUUCGAGAGUUCGCGAUUUUAUGCUCCAGGUGAAACGGUUUUGCCGGUAUCAUGCGAUUAAUUCGUCACCCUCUGGGACAAUAUCUAGCUAUGCUUGGAAUGUGAUGUGCAUUUUUUAUCUUCAAUGUAUCCUGUUCAUUCCCAAUCUACAAGAUCGCAAAUUGAUGGAAAAAGUGAGCAAAAAGCCAAAUCCAAAAGGCAACUAUUGGCACAGAGUCGAUGAUCUCGACACUUUUUACCUGAAGUGGAGUGAUGCAGAAGGGGUCUGGAAACGCCCCCCAAUGUACAGUAUGACACCAGUCUCACUUCUGCUCUAUGGCUUCUUUGAGUUUUACAGUGUCAGGUUCCCAGGAGCUUUUUUUGGUAUUUCAAUUCGUCAUGGCGGCUUGAGCUUGUCAAAAUUGAGUGGGAAGGUGUCAAGCUUUCUGUCCAUCGAAGAUCCCUUUGAAGUGUACGACUCUUGGAAGCCACAUGAUUUAGGGUCACAUGCGUCCAUUAAUGGUGCGGACAAGAUUUUUCUUUGCCUGGAAGGUGGUGAAAGGUACCUUAGAGAGCUUCUCCUCGGGAUGACAACCGAUCCUGAUAUUCCUUGGAAGCUACCGGACGAAGGAGAGGUUCAAGAUGUAGAAAAUACACCAGCCUUAGGCAGACCAAAGAGAGACAGAAGGGCAACUAGAGUGCCAAAGUCGCAAGAGAAAGAUGCCCCGAAUGGGAAUGCAGCACCAUCCAAAACAAGGAGCCAGAGAGAAUUGAAAAAGGUGCAACACACCAAAACGAGGAUGUGCGCAGCUCCUGCAGGGAUUCAUCGAUAA